AUGGAAGAAAGUGUAAUAGAAAAAGAAUUAAAAAUUAAAAAUAAUGAACAAGCAGUUAUGUCUUGUUUUCAAAACAGUUUAAAUAGUUUAAAUUGUAAACAAAUUAAAUUUGACCUUCAAAAAAUUAUUGAGGCUAUUGGGUCAAGACAUUGUAAUCAAGCCAUUACUAUGACUGAAAUUUUUGAUUGCAUUAAACAAUCAAAAUUAAAUGAUGAAAUCAAUGAAGAACUUUAUAUGAAAAUGAUUACUUGUGCUACACAAAGAGUUCUUCAAAUCCCUGAAGAUCUAUAUAUUGCUCUUGUAAAUGGAUUAAUUCAACAAAGAAAAGAAUUUGUUUUAACUCAAUUAUUACAAUAUAAAGUAAUACCAGAUAAUAAUUCAAUUGCAAUAAUAUUAGUUCAACAAUACAGUUCGAUACCAUGUUUAUAUUAUUGUGGAUUGGAUAUGUUAAAAAGAAUGAAAAAUUAUUCAAAAUUAGUUGAUUUAUAUUUAAUGAAUAAUAAUAUAUCAAUGGCAUUGCAAAUAGCAAAUCAAUACUCUAUUGAAAUACCUUCUACUAAAAUACAAGAAUAUAUUAAAAAUUAUAAUAAUGAUUUGUUAGUUUAUCAAUUAAAACUACUAUUUCCUGAACUUGCUUAG